UGGUGAAUCGGUGUUUUUUUUGGCUGAAUAAUUUUCGUGUUUUUGUUUUUAUAUCAGUUUGGUCUUAUUUUUCUAAAAUUCGGUUUAUAAAAUUAAGCGAUCAAGUUCACAUUACGUUCAAUGAUUGGUAUAUGAUUACAUUUUUAUGUAUUAAACAUAGCUUGUUAAGUAAUAAUGCUCCAGACAGAAGAAGUUGACGUCGAUUAUUUUACUCCAUCAACAAGUACCUCCCUUUCAAAGAUAUUUGGCAGCAGUUCCAAAGAAGAAGAUGCAGUAGAUAAAAGUUCAUUAAAAUAUAAUGCACCACUGCCGCCACAAGUUGUUACAAAACCUGAAGAACCAAAGCAAGCUCAAUAUCUAUUUGCAGGAACUGUACAUGCAUAUGAAUGGAUUAAAAACUCAUAUGAGUUUAGAGGUAAAUUAGGCUUUGCAAUAUUCAAAAUUCCAAGCAUUGAUAUUUAUAAAAUGCUGAUAUAUGAUUCAAAUAAAACCGCACUGUCCAGCUUGACAAUCAAUCACAGUGUUGAAAUAAAGAUAAAUGGGAACAUCAGUAUAUGUUACUAUGACGAUCUAAGAAAAUUCUGGAGUGUCAAUCCCUCUACACCAAACCUUAAGGAAAUUUUAGAAAUACUGAGAAGUUUAAAUGUAAAUCUGGAAUUUGUGCCAAUUCUUGAGAACACAGAAAAUAAAACUCUAACAGAACGUCUUGACAAAGAUAAAAUUGCAAUAAAUAAAAUAAAUGAAGAUGAAAAAGAAAGUGAUACAGAUGGCUCAUUUAACAGAAAAACUAAAGAUUCAAUAUUGAAAAGAAUGGCUACUAUGGGACAGUCUGUUUUGCCACCACCUCAUGCAGCAGCAGUAGCUCAGACAAGUGACUCAUCAGACACAAACGAACCUCAAAAUCAGCAAAAGCCUAGACAUAAACCAAAGAUUGUGACUAAAAAAAAUUCAUUAGAAAAGAAAUCCUUAGAUACAGAAAAAAUUAGUGAACUAAAUGCAAGAAAAAUGUUGCCAAAAUCAGAAAUAUCACAAGACACAUAUAGGAACAUUGAAGACUAUCAACAAAUAGUGCCUGUACUGACUACUAAUAUUGUUAAAACUCCAAAUGAUUUUGGUGGUGAAGCAAGUAGUUUGAGAGUAUUUAUUUCAGAGCAAAAAGUCAGUAAUAGCGAAUUAAGAAUGAACAUGAAUAGAAUGACAGAUAAGCUAGAUAUGUUACUAGACAAAGUUAAAGAUUUAGACAUAGUUGAUAAAAGCAAGUCAAUAAAUAACAGCUAUGUGUCACAUUUUCAAAAUGAAAUCAUACAAAAACUACUAAGUGAAUAUGAAAAGAAAAUCAAUAAAUAUGAAGAAUUUAUUAAACUUAAAGGAUUUGAUUGUGAUUCAUUUGAACUAACAUCACAGUUGAGGAGAGAUAGUACACUUGAAAGUUUAAAAAAUACUGAAAAAGAUGACAAUAAACUACAACAGCUUUGUAAUGAAAAAGAUAAAGAAAUUAUUCGACUCAAAGAAGAAUUACAACUGUUAUCUAACAAAGAAGCCCAGUUCCAAACAAAUGAAAGAAAUUUGCUAAAAGAAAUUAAUGACUUGAAGAAUAGUUUAAGUGUAACAAAAUAUAAUCAUAUGACAAAUGUAAACAAGAAGUUGGAUGAAACAAACAGUCAAACUACUGAUAUUACAAAUAAACUUAAGCAAAUUAUGAAUGAUACAUUCCAAGCUAUCUCUGUCAACUUUGAUGAUGACGAAACAUACACUGGAUCUAAAAUUAAAAGCGUUGUUGGUUUAAUUGUGAAAAAAACAACAAUAGAUUCACUUAAAGAAUUUUGAUGUAAGCAUUCAGGUGACAAAAAAAAACAACUAGAUUCACUUAAUUUUAAUGAAUAUGAUGUAUUAACAGUAGUAUCCUGGAAAUCUAUACAUAGAAUAAAUUUGUAAAUAAAAGUGUUUAAGUAUGA